AUGAGAGUAAAUGUAAGGUCUAACUGGUGUAGAACAUUGUAUCGACGGCGAUCCCAAAACUCACAGAUGAAUUUCAUAGCAUUGAUACCGUGGUCUCUUUGGGGCAAGGCCUACAAGUAUUUUCCUCUCAAGACAACUUUCUUUGUUUCCGUCGCACUUCCAGGUGUUGCGCAGAAUAAUAUCAUCUUCAUAAUUGGUCGCGCUAUCACAGAACUGGGCGGUGCGGGCAUCACUGGCGGCGUAUAUAUCGUCACCGCGCUGAUCGUCAAGCCUACACAGGUCCCCGUGUACCUGGGUCUGUUGGGUGCCGUGUUCAGCUUUGCCAGUGUUUGUGGUCCAUUGCUAGGGGACUUCUACAUUAAUCUGCCCGUUGGUGGAACUGUGCUUCUCAUACUAAUAUUCUUCUUCCAUGCCCCUGGUCGUCAUAAGCCCUCGCCGGCGUCAUGGAGGGAUAUUCUAUUGCAGAUGGACCCUCUUGGGCUUCUCACCAUUCUAUGUGCCAUGGUUUGUUAUUGCUUGGCCCUCCAAUGGGGCGGCGUCCAGGAUGCGUGGAGUGCAUCACGGGUAAUAGGGACGCUGAUUGCAUGGGUUUUACUCACUGUCGUGUUUAUUAUUGACCAGUGGAUGCAAGGUGAGAAUGCACUUCUAGUGGCACGGUUCCUACGGCAUCGUGAGAUCACUGAUAUCGCGAAUGUCUCGCCGAUGGGAAGUGGCAUUCGCAAUCUCCCGCUGAUGCUCGCCAGCUGUAAAGUUAUCUUCCUUAGUGGAACCCUUCUGAAAUACUCCAAGGGUCGAUUUCAGCUCUUCCUCGUGGUAGGAUCUGCCAUCUUAACCAUCGGUGCAGGUAUGCUUUACACGAUGGGCCUCAACCCUUCUACUGGGGAGUACAUCGGGUAUCAAAUCCUGGUAGGAGUUGGGGUUGGACUCAGUAUCCAGAUUCCCGUGAUGGCAUGCCAGAGCUUGGUGGAUGCGGUGGACAUCCCUGUCGUGACGUCUAUGGUUUUAUUCUUUCAACUGAUUAGUGGUGCCUUGUCUGUUUCCGCUGCACAGAGUAUUUUCGACAACCAGCUUGUCGCCGGCUUGACUAUGUACGGUGCCUCUGUCUCCCCAGCGUCUGUCUUCGCCACCGGCGCGACCGAGAUCCGACAAGUAUUUCCGCAGUCUCAGAUACCUCUGAUCGUACUAGCUUAUUUGAAGGGUAUUAAGAUAUCAUGGGCGUUUGGGAUUGCACUGGCUGGAUUAGCGGUGUUGGUAAGCUGGAUUCCAAUGAGGAGACUGGGGAGUACACCUGUGAUUGGCACGGCGGGUUGA